AUGGACAAGAAAGCCCAGGAGAGUAAGAGGGGCCCCGGCCCCCGGGAGGUGCCCCCGGCCUUGCUGCUGCUGCUGGCGAUGGUGCUCAUGAACGCUGUCCUCUACCUCUGCCUCGACCGAUUCUUUAUUUCCCCUCAACAUUCCACCGCGGACCCCAGCCACUGCCCCUUUGGUUACUUCAGAAUGGGAUCAAUGAAAAAUUGCUCACCCUGGCUGUCCUGUGAGGAGCUGAGGACGGAAGUGAGGCAGUUAAAACGUGUCGGGGAAGGAGCUGUGAAGAGAGUCUUCCUGUCUGAGUGGAAAGAACGCAAGGUGGCCCUCUCACGGCUCACCAGUCUAGAGAUGAAGGAUGAUUUCCUCCAUGGCCUGCAGAUGCUGAAAUCUCUGCAGAGCAAACACGUUGUCACGCUGCUCGGUUACUGUGAGGAGGACAACACUCUUCUGACUGAAUACCACCCCUUAGGUUCCUUGAGCAACCUGGAAGAAGCCCUGAACCUUUCCAGGUAUCAGCAUCUGAACACCUGGCAGCACAGGCUGCAGCUGGCCAUGGACUACGUCGGCAUCAUCCGCUACCUGCACAACAGCCCCCUGGGCACGCUGGUCAUGUGCGACUCCAACGACCUGCCCAAGACGCUCUCCCAGUACCUGCUGACGAGCAACUUCAGCAUCGUGGCCAACGACCUGGAUGCGCUGCCCCUGGUCAACCACAGCUCCCGGACGUUGGUGAAGUGUGGCCACAGGGAGCUCCACGGGGAUUUUGUGGCUCCGGAGCAGCUGUGGCCCUACGGAGAGGACCUGCCUUUCCACGAUGACCUCAUGCCGCCCUAUGACGAGAAGAUCGACAUCUGGAGGAUUCCUGACGUCUCCAGUUUCCUUCUGGGCCACGUUGAGGGGAGCGACAUGGUGCGGUUCCAUCUGUUUGACAUCCAUAAGGCGUGCAAGAGCCAGACUCCUGCAGAGAGGCCCACUGCUCAGGAUGUCCUGGACACCUACCAGAAGGUCUCGAGUUUCCUCCGAGACACCGUUGUGGCGCAGACAAGAGAAAUGCUAUAG